AGUUUUAUCGCAAGCUUUUUUCCCGCCGAGAUUUUAGUGCACCAGAAUUAUUAGGUGGAAUAAUGCGCGAGAGCCUCCGCCGCCUGGCUUCCUACGAAGGAAUGGAAACCAGACGUCUCGGCGCAUACCGCAGGGUCCGGAUCGAGCUUACGGAUGGAGAGCAUUUUAACCUUGACAUUGAUCGCAAAGCACGAGGUUCAGAUCUCCUGGACAAAGUUUGCGAAUCGUUGGAUAUCGUCGAGAAGGACUACUUCGGGCUGCUGCACGCGCAGCGCGGAGAUCCGCGGGUGUGGGUCGACCACAAUCGACGGCUGUCCAAGACCUUCAGAAGUAAAUCCGAACUGUUAAAUCCUCUUGUGAGGUUAAAUGUUGCCUAA